AGCCAGCAGAGUUCUUAAGUCAAUAUACAAAUGGUGAUGACAAAAUUAAGAUUAAUUUUGCUCAUGGCACGACAACCCUGGCAUUCAAAUUUCAACAUGGAGUUAUUGUGGCUGUAGACUCCAGAGCUACUGCUGGAUCUUAUAUAGGUUUGUGUCUAUUCAGCCCAUGCAAGUGCCAUCACAACCAGGGUCUUUGAACCAAAUGCUGUUGAAAAAGUAACCAAAAUGUACCAAGAGUUCCAAACAAUGUUUGAUUCAAAAGAAGCCAAGUGUAGACUUCUGCAUACACAGUGAUAUGCUCAGCCAUGAUUGAUUAAAGUUUAUUGGACACCCCCCCCUCCCGUCGCCAAAAAAAUUUCGGUCAGUGUACCAUUUUAGGGGUCAAAAAUUUUUCACAAUUUCCAACAACGUUGACAAUUUUCCGAAAAUUACAGACAACAUUGACAAUUUUCCGACAGAUCUCGACAAUAGGGGGGGCCAUGCCCCCCCCCGGCCAUGGCGCCACUGGAUAGAAAGUAAAAAUGGAAUCAACCUGCAAAAAUGGAUGCUUUAUUUCAAAAUAAUCAAUAAAAUUUCAGAAAUGUCCUGUAAACUGUGAAGAGGCCAAAUAGAAGCCAAAAGCCCAAACUUUUUUUGAGACCAAAUAAAAAAUAACGAAGCCGAAAUGGACUGAAGUGUUGCCCCUUUGCUUUGCACCUAAGGUCCCUUUCCAGUUGAGGCCAGGGGGAGGGGGCUUAGUUGUGCAACUGGCAUGAAUGCAUUAAUUAUAUGUUAUUCAUGUGAAUUAUUUUUAGCUUCCCAAACAGUGAAAAAAGUGAUAGAAAUAAAUCCUUACUUACUUGGAACAAUGGCAGGGGGAGCGGCCGAUUGUUCAUACUGGGAACGAGUUCUAGCCAAGCAGUGCAGGUGAGCAUCACACAUUGUAAUGAUGGUAGAGCUGGGUGCAAAUGAACAGCCUACAAAUGACAAGGAUAAAACAUUUGCAGCGUAAAAUUUCACAGAAACAUUUGUAGGCUAACUUCAUUCAUAAAAGACUGGGCAGCCGAAUGGCUGGUCAGAUUAUAAAUUAAAACACAAACUAAACAGUAAACAGUCCAAAAUAUCUUUUGUCACAAAACAUCAUACAAAAGAAUAUGGUAGGCCAGAAAGUAAUAGGCAAGAAAAACUUUACCCAUCCAAUUGCAUUGCACAGCAAAAUAUAAGCAGAACUUCCUGAAAAUAUAAGUUCUGCCUGUAUUUUUCAAGUAGUUUACAGUAUCUCUUUCAUUAUAAUAAGAUUAUAAUAAUAAUGAUUUAAACUGCAAAAAUUGUGUCAGCCGACACCAUGGUGAGCGCUGGUAUAAAUACAAGUGCAGCAAUGAUGUCAGCGAGUGAUAAAUUUACAAGGUUUCCAUAUAUACAUGACCAUUUGCAUGAAAUUGAUGCAGUUAUUAUUUUUGAAAGGAUAUACGAGCUUCGUAACAAGGAGAGAAUAUCAGUUGCAGCUGCUUCCAAAUUGUUGGCAAACAUGGUGUACAAUUAUAAAGGAAUGGGACUGUCUAUGGUAUGUACCAUGCUUUGUAGUAAGUUAUAUUUCUGUAGAGGUAGUCAAUCUUCAACUGGAGCUUAGUCUGUGUCAGUGCAGCCAUUAACUCCACGCUUAGACAGCUAACUCCACAUAAGUUUUGGAAUUGUUAGCUCCAGACUUGGACAGCUAACUCUACAUGAUGUAGCGUAGCACUGUUUGUUGAAACUUCCAGAUUGUGAACAAUAAAAAUAUCUUUACUCUCUGGUAAUAAAAAUGUACUUUUUUCUGACAGGGAACAAUGAUAUGUGGAUGGGAUAAACGAGUAAGUAAUAAAAUCAUUAUAUAUGGAUGACAGUAUAGUUUAAAUCGUAUGUUUAUUUUACUGAUUUUUCUUCCCUCUUGUACGAAACUUUACACAAGCUGUUGCAGUGAAGAGCUAUGCCUGUGAUAUUACAUACUAUUUUAUAUAGAGCUUUGGGCAUUCCAAGGAUAUAGAGAUUCAUGUCUUGUUGUUUACGUGUCAGGGUCUGUGAGUAGGGUUAGGAAUCAUAAACUACGAGACACAAAUCUUUAAUCCGUCAUGAGCUUUAUGGACCGGUAUGUCCGAUACCUGAUGGUUUGAUUUGUAUAUCGAACAAUACCAACAUAAACAGAGAAAUUCAUGAUUAUUGGUAGGACUAAGACAUGCUUAAAAUAGACCAUGAAAGAUAUUAAUACCAAGAACAAUGGAUUCAAUUUAAAACUUCUUAGGGUCCUGGACUUUACUACGUUGACAGUGAUGGGAGUCGCUUAUCUAACAACAUAUUCUCCGUGGGGUCUGGCUCUACAUUUGCUUAUGGAGUUAUUGACAGUGGGUAUCGUCCUGAUUUGUCCGUUGAAGAAGCAUAUGACCUGGGGGAGAGGGCAAUCUAUCAUGCAACUCAUAGAGAUGCAUACAGCGGUGGGGUUGUGAACAGUAAGUACAACAUUUUGUUUUUACCAUAGUCGACUUCGGUUAUUUUAUUUUAUUUUUG